AUGUCUGCAGAGAAGAAGCCCAAGAAGAAGAAGGAGGAGGCCAACAGCACAAACGAGGCCAAACUGAACGGCGAAGCCAAGAUAAAAAAGAUCAAAACAAAAAAGAACGAAGAGGCUUCAGAGUUGCAAAAUGAGAAAAAGGUGAAGAAAAAGAAGCUCGACAAAAAUAAAGAACUAGACAAAGAUAAGGAAAAAGAAAAAGACAGCAAAAAGAAAACCAAAAGUGCCCCCAAAAAGAAGAAAGCAGCAGGCUCCGUCACUGACGAGGACGAGGAGGAGGAGGAGGAGGAGGAAGAGACUCCAAAAAAGAAAACCAAAAAGAAGACAAUCAAAGACAGCUCGCCAUCACCAAGCGCCGCCAAAGAAAAGAAGUCUAGAUCGAAAGAAGACAAGGAUUCUGACGGAAAGGAGAAGAAAUCAAAGUCAAAAGAGAAAGACAAAAAGAGGGAAGCUGCAUCCUUGUUCCAGAUAAACGGUGACAAGGACUCGAAGAGCAAGAAGAAAGCCUCCAAAUCAGAGAGCGACGACAGUGAAGAGGAGACCAAGUCGACUAAGUCCAAAAAGAAAUCCGCCGCGAGCUCCACAUCGUCUUUAUUCCAAACGACAGGAGACAAAGACAAAGAAAAGAAAACAAAGAAGAAAGCCAAAGCAGAAGAGAGCGAUGACUCGGAUUCAGAAAGAGAAGAAAAAUCCAAAAAGAAGAAAGGCAAAGGAAAAAAGAAAAAGGAAAGAGCGCCGUCACCUGAGAUUGAGUUUGACAACUUGGAAAAGUUUGUGAUGGAACCUGCGCCUCAAGGCGCGACUGUCAAAUGCAGAGUGACUCGGGACCAACGGGGGAUGGAUAAGAGCAUGUAUCCUCUGUACUACCUUCAUCUUGACAAUGAGAAGAAGACAUUUUUGUUAGCUGGCAGGAAGAGAAAGAAAAGUGCAACAUCAAACUAUCUCAUCUCCAUUGACGCCACAGAUUUGUCAAGAGGUGGUAAUAACUUCGUUGGAAAGCUGAGGUCCAAUUUAAUGGGCACAAAGUUCACUGUCUUUGACAAUGCUCUAAAUCCAGAAAGAGCCCUUCCGGACAUGUCUAAUGCACGGCAGGAGUUGGCAGCCAUUAUCUAUGAAACAAAUGUCUUGGGGAUGAAGGGACCCAGAAGGAUGUCUGUUAUCAUUCCAGGCAUGGAUAAGAACAAUGAACGAGUACCUCUCCGACCCAGAAGUGAAUAUGACGGCCUAUUGAUGCGACACCAGAACAGAAGGCUGGAGAAUCUGAUCGAGCUUCACAAUAAGACGCCCGUGUGGAACGAGGAAACGUCGUCACAUGUGCUCAACUUUAAUGGCAGGGUCACUCAGGCCUCCAUCAAGAACUUCCAAAUUGUCCACAGCAAAGAUCUGGACUACAUCGUGAUGCAGUUUGGACGAAUAGCUGACGACAUAUUCACACUGGAUUACAAGUACCCCAUAUGCGCAGUGCAGGCCUUCGCCAUCGCGCUCUCUAGUUUCGAUGGGAAAAUCGCCUGCGAAUAA